AGACCCUCGGUGGGGCCGGUGCUACGAGAGCUUCAGCGAGCACCCGGAGGUGGUGCAGAACAUGACCUCCAUCAUCUCGGGGUUCCAGGGCGAGAUCCCCGCCGGCGGCCGGCAGGGCGCGCCGUUCGUCGCCGGGCAGCGCAACGUGGCGGCGUGCUCCAAGCACUACGUCGGCGACGGCGGCACGACCAAGGGCACCAACGAGAACAACACGGUGGCCACCUUCCACGAGCUGCUCAGCAUCCACAUGCCGCCCUACUACAACGCCGUCAUCCGGGGCGUCUCCACCGUCAUGAUCUCCUACUCGAGCUGGAACGGGGUCAAGAUGCACGCCAACCACUUCCUCAUCACCGACUUCCUCAAGAAGGAGCUCCGCUUCAGGGGUUUUGUGAUCUCGGACUGGCAAGGGCUUGACAGAAUCACCACCCCUGAUCAUGCUGACUACCUUCUGUCCAUCAAGAUGGGGAUCCUCGCCGGCAUUGACAUGAUCAUGAUCCCGUACACGUACACGGAGUUCAUCGACGACCUCACCUUGCUGGUGCAGAACGGCACCAUCCCGAUGAGCCGGAUCGACGACGCCGUCCGCCGGAUCCUCCGCGUCAAGUUCACCAUGGGCCUCUUCGAGAACCCCUACGCCGACCCUAGCCUCGCCGGCGAGCUCGGCAAGCAGGAGCACCGCGACCUUGCACGAGAAGCCGUGCGCGAGUCCCUCGUCCUGGUCAAGAACGGCAAGCCCGGGGACAAGCCGCUCCUGCCGCUGCCCAAGAAGGCCCACGGCAGCGUCCUCGUCGCCGGCAGCCACGCCGACGACCUCGGCAGCCAGUGCGGCGGCUGGACCAUCACCUGGCAGGGCCUCACGGGGAACAACCUCACCGCCGGGACCACCAUCCUCGACGGCAUCAAGCGCGCCGUCGACCCCGGCACUGACGUCGUCUACUCAGAGAACCCUGACGCCGGCUUCAUCCAGCAGAACAAGGCCCGGUUCGACUACGCCAUCGUCGUCGUCGGCGAGCCACCGUACGCCGAGCAGUUCGGCGACAACCUGAACCUGACCAUCCCGGAGCCCGGCCCGGCCAUCAUCCAGAACGUGUGCGGCAGCGGCAUCAGGUGCGUCGUGGUGCUCGUCUCCGGGCGGCCGCUGGUGGUGGAGCCGUACAUCGACACCAUGGACGCGCUGGUGGCGGCGUGGCUGCCGGGGACGGAGGGGCAGGGCGUCGCCGACGUGCUGUUCGGCGACUACGGGUUCACCGGGAAGCUGUCGCGGACGUGGUUCCGGUCGGUGGAGCAGCUGCCCAUGAACGUCGGCGACGCGCACUACGAUCCAUUGUUCCCGUUUGGGUUCGGGCUCGAGACACAGCCGUCGUCAUAUUAGGGUGUUUUGGAUUCACGGUAUCUCAUUGGAAUUUUUGGAAAGUUAGUUCAAUUUUGAGCUAAAUUCUUAGACUUUUCGGUGAAAAAUCGUCAAUCCAAACAGACCCCUAGGUAAUGACAGUUGAUCUAUGUAGUAGUGUCUCUGAACUCUGAAGACAAUAAUA